AUGUUUGAGAUUAAUUUGAUUGUUAGUGUCUAAAAUAAGAAAACAGAGGGGGUGAGGGAUGGAAAGUGAAGGGGGGUUGAGCGCCGGAGAUUUGUCGACCAUCGGAGGAAUUGCCACCGUUUCACUCUUACACUCAUUCAUACCUACCCAUUGGCUUCCCUUCUCCAUUGUCGGCCGUGCCCAGAAAUGGACUCUCUCUCGUACCCUCCUCGUCACUGCAUUUGGGGCAGUUUUGCAUGUUCUGUCUACUUCGCUUCUUGGCAUAACUGCAGUCACCAUAAGUAACACCAUUGCCGGGGAGGAAACUGUGCACAAGCUUGCUUCUCUUUUACUUGUUUUUCUUGGGGGUAGUUAUAUUAUAUUGUUCUUGAUGGGAAAAGGUAGUCACGGACAUACCCACAACCAGCCCAUGGAAAAAAUGGCCGUUGCAGGACUUAUUCUGGUUCCUGCACUAUCUCCUUGUGCAACCACUCUUCCAGUGUUUCUUGCUGUUGGGAACUCAUACUCUAUGAUGGUGAUUGCUAUCAUUGUACUUCUCUUUAGCACUAUCACCGUGAUGACCUCAUUGGUGGCUCUCUCAUUCUAUGGUGCCAGUCAACUUAAAUUUCACUGGGUGGAGCGCUAUGACAAGCUUCUUGUAGGUUCAGUGCUGUGUCUAGUUGGUAUCUUGACACUUUUAUUUCACGACCAUGAACAUGAUCAUGGAGAUAUCUCACAGUUGAACAGGAAACUAAUAUCUCUAUGAAGAUUAUAUGCAGUAGUGGUGAUUAUGACACAGAAAGGACAAGGAUGCGAAUUUGCUCACAGCGAUGACAUGAAGAUACAAACUCUUGUUUGUUUUUCUUUAACAAAUAGCAAGAGUGUUUGUUUAGCAGUGGUCUUCGUGUACCUUUGCAUAUUUUGACUAUAGUCUAUAUAUGCUCCAAUUGCUGACCAUGAAAGAACAAUUCAUGUCAGAAGUUUAAAUUGUUGUAUAUUACGAUUACACGACAUAUAUAUAAAGCAGGUGCUGCGGCACUUUGGCUUGACUCGGUACUCUGGUUGUUUUGUAGUAAUCAUAUAUCUAUAGAUCGGAAUGGUUUUGUUUGUUCUUUGUA